AUGCACGACUUGGUUCGGGAGGUAGCUCUAUGGAUUGGAAACAAACAGGUUCAAGUGGGCUAUAAUUCUAACUCAGCUUUAAUGGAAAACAUCCAAUAUUCAUCUUGGAACAUAGUUGACUUUCCGAAUCAUUUUGAUGGCAAAAAACUUGAGGUUCUUUUACUUUGGAUAAAUGAUGCAAAUUCUCCGAGGGUCAAGGUUCCCGAUUCUCCCUUUGAAGGGAUGGAGAACCUUAAAAUUUUGGCUUUAAUGAGUUCGUCAGAUUUGGAAAUUUCAGCUGCUUCCUUAUUUCAAUCGUCUUUGUCAUUGACAAAUGUUCGAACUUUGGCCAUAAAGAAUUUUCAGUCAUUAGGAGAUAUAUCUAUUUUGGCACAUCUAAAAGACCUUGAGAGCCUUGAAUUGAACAAUUGUUUGAUUAUUGAAUUGCCAAAAGAAAUUAAAGAACUUCAAAAAUUGAGAUUGUUGGAGAUGGUGAACUGUUCUUUUACUGGAAGAAAUAAUCCUUUUGAAGUGAUUGGAAAUUGCUCAGAGCUAGAGGAGGUGUAUUAUGUGUCAAAUCAUGUGGCCGGUUAUUGCGGGCAAAUCACCACACUUCCUGCAUUGCAAAAGUAUCAUAUAAGGGGUUGGCAUCAUUUUGAUUUUUAUAAAGUGGAUUUUUCAGUAUCUAGAUAUUUUGAUUCACGGGACUUAAGAGUAGAAUUCUCCAAGGAAAUAUUUAAACUCCUGGUGGCGGGAGCAGAAAUUUUGAUGUUAGGAGAAGAUUACUACAACAGAGGAUGGACAAAUAUUGUUCCUGACAUAUUAUCUGUGGAAGAUGACAACAUGAAAGAUCAGUUAGCUAGGCUCUCUUUGCAUUCUAUGAAUGAGAUAAAGUGCCUAAUCCAUACCGAGAAUCUCCGACCUGAUGUGGCUAUCUUCUCCAAGUUGGUUGAACUGAAGCUUGAGUCUGUGGGUGUGAGAGAACUAUGCCAUGGGACUUAUCCUGUUGACUUUUUGAAGCAAAUAAAGGAGCUGCAUUUAUCUAGAUGUAAACAAUUGGAAGGCACGUUAUUUGAUGAGUCUAAAGCAGUUGGAAAAACUAGAUAUUACAAAAUGUUCGAAGUUGAAAUACAUAGUAGCAGAGACUAUGGAUGA